UGUUUGGCAUGUGGUAACAUUCCAACAUGGCCGUCAAAACAGAAACGAGAGAGCUUUCGAAGUGACAGAAGUAGACAAUUUUUGCCUUUUCGAUGGCGGGUUUCAUGCCAAGAGGCUCGAUCAUCCAGUUCAACUGGCAAGAAACACCGGAAGGACGGGAGUUUUUGGGAGGGAUCCUGCAUCGAAACAGAAGAAAAACGUUCGGAUUACUUGAAGCACCAAGUUUACCACCACAGCUUGCUGUAGAAACUGUAUCCUACAAGAUUCUUUUAACUGGAAAACCAGCUGUUGGAAAGACUAGCACUGUGGCAAAACUGUUAGGGCAAGGAAGUCGCGCACUUUCUCAACUCUUUGGCCGAGCUGCUAUGGCAACGAGAUCAGGUGACCGUAUCUUCGGGUGCACGACGAGUCUCUCGACAUUCUACUGGAUCACGGUCCUCUGCGGAGUUCAAGAUUUAUAUUUGACUUGUGAUACCCAGAACUGCUUCGCUCUGAAAGAAAAAGCUGAUGCAGCACUUUUUUUGUUCUCUUUCACUGACAGAGGAAGUUUUGAUGACUUACCCAAUCAGAUGAACCGUGUUUUGGAUCAAGAGGACAAAAUCUUGCAAAUAGCUGUGGCCACUAGACUUGAUCAAAUCUUGAACAGCGAUUUCACGGAGCAAGAAAUACGAGAAUUUGAAGAACAGUGGCAAGUUCCUGUUCUAAGAAUUGCCAAUGUCACCGGAAAACGACUAGCUGAUGGUCGAAGUUUGGACGGUCGAGCAGGGGUAAUUGAAGUCGCGCACUUUCUCAACUCUUUGGCCGAGCUGCUAUGGCAACGAGAUCAGGUGACCGUAUCUUCGGGUGCACGACGAGUCUCUCGACAUUCUACUGGAUCACGGUCCUCUGCGGAGUUCAAGAUUUAUAUUUGACUUGUGAUACCCAGAACUGCUUCGUUUGUAACACUACACUACGGGGUAGAUGGUGACACAAGCUUUGUUUCGAGUGCAAGUUAUUAUAAAGAACAGAAUUGGUGCUUUGAGGUUCAAAACGCUGAGUAAACGGACUACAGCUGUUUUUCGUCGACCAUGUCACUGCGAUGUAGUUGUGUUGCUUCAUGACCGCAUGUGGAACUAGCGAGGGACCCGGCGGAUGGUCUUUUCGUUUUUCACGAUAUAUACCACGUUGAAAAUAUGCGACGGUCGCCAAGAGCGAAAAAAUACGUAAAUCUACGGCAAGCGCGGGAAAAUACAGAUUGGUGGCAAGUGGGCGAGUGGUUUUGAUUUUCCAUCGUAUUUGCUGCCGCCGAGUUUAACAAAAGAACCUACUGAAUGGCUUACUCAGUACACAAGAAAAGCUACAACCUAGCAACCCUCGAACUUUGAUUCAGGGUCACCUUCCUUGACUUUUAC